UUUCAAAUAGUUAAGUAUAAUCUUGGCGAAAUGGAUAUUAUGACCGAUACAUUUCUAAAUAUGACAGUUCUGUUAAUAAGUGUAUUCUUGAGCACCUUUGCUCUAUCAUCUAAGAUAAAUUGCUGUUUUUUUUUUGACCCCCUAAACUCAAAAGCAAAAGGUAAAAAAAAAAUCUAAAUAACAGUAUUUUAUCUGAAUUACUCCUUUUAAAUUCUCUUAUUUUUGAAAGAGAGAAAGGAAACAGUUGCUGUGUCCUUUCAGGUGAACUGAUAACCAGCUCAGCCACCAGCUGGGUCAAUUAACAAACUGUCAGAGCACUUAAAACCACCUGGAGCUUAGCAGAGACUCACUGGCUGAAGGAGACAAUGGAGAAGACUUCUAUUAUCAAAGGUACCGUAGGAAAACUAGCUUCUUAAAUUAAAAUAAACAGAUGUUAAUUUCAAUCAGUUUAGAUGAUGUGAUUCCAAGUUUCUCCUGUAUUCUUUUCCAGACAUGAAAAGCUUUGAAUGUUCAUCUCCACUGGAGCCUGACAGAAGGUUUUGGGGAGAACAGAGUUGGAUGUCUGCUCUGUCUCUUGAACAACUGUCCACGUCAAAAGCAUCAAGCGACACAACGGCUGAGGGAUUUGACCCCCGCCUGUCCAUCUUGGCUUCCUUGGGCCUGCCAGCAGAUUCCAUUUCUCCCUCCCAGGCCUCUUCAUGGAACAACACUCAGGAGACCGACAACUGUCACCUGGCCGUACCUCUACAGGGAAAGUCCUCUACUCCUUACAUGCUCCUUCAAAAGAAAAAGGAGCCUGCUUGCUUUGACCAGUCAUACACUGAGUUUGCUUCCUCUCAAAUUUCUUGGGAUGUUUCUUAUAUCAAACCAGAAAGUAACAGUCCCAAGCUGUUCGUGGAGUCCAGUGCUCUGGAACAAAUGAGGAGUCCAAAACCCCAGUCUACCCAACAUUCAUUAGCUGAAACUUCUCCCUGAAGAGGCCAAGAAUUUCCUCAAUACAAACCAGUUCACAUGGAGAACAUGGAGGAUCUAAGGACUGAUGGGUGAUUGUCUGUUCACGCACCUGCCCACCAUGCAUCUUGGAUAAAAGAUGAUUUUAAAACUAAACAUGGGAAAAAGUAAGAAGCCCUGUUGACUACAAAGUUCAUUGUGGGAAUAAAAGUACCUUUUU